AUGGUGGAAGCUGCUUCUGUGAAAGAUUCAGAAGUUACGUUAGGGUCUCAGAACUGUGAAGAUUGUACUCCGGUCAUAUUUAUACUGGGCUUUCUGAAUAGUCAACCAUCACAUUACGCUUCUUUACAGAAUUACUAUGGACAAUACACGUAAGACAAUGUUUAGUAUUUUGUAUCUAAAUUAAACAGGAUUUUUUAAUUUUAAAAUGACUGUUAGCUACCUUUAUUAAUAUGUUAGUAAAAUUAGUAAUUGUUAUCUAAUUGAUAAAAAAAUAAGUUGUUAAUUUUGAAAUUUAUUGUGAAAAAGUAUAUUUUAGCAAAGACAUAAUAACAUACGUUCCUAAAAUGUACGAUCAACACUUCUGGCCUUCUGGAGACAAUGGACAUGAAUUUAUCGACCAAGUUUACCUACCUAAAGUCAAUGAGAAGCCGAAUGCUCCAGUUAUCAUUCAUAUCUUUAGUCAGAACGGAGGUUUACAGUUUUAUUACUUGUGGGAUGCAUUAAAUGACAAACAAAAGAAACAAGUAAAGGGAUUCGCUAUCGAUGGGUAAGUUUAGCUAUUUUAUAAACUAAGUUUAUGUCGCUUUGUUAAAGACUUUUGUUGCUUAUUGUUUCAGAUAUUGUUAAAAUUUCUCAACUUUAUGAUAAUAUGUGUGGUAAAAAUCAAUAUACGAUUUGAAAAGUCCUAAAUAAAGUUGCAUAUACCGUGAAACACGCAAAUUUCAUACUUCAGAGCCCCAGGCCUUUUCUCGGCCCACCCUCGUUACUACAUGAACCAAAGGUUCUAUAUGUGGCCACGUAACGAGAAGACCGACAUCAAGUUUUGGUUGAAGUGUGUGCCACAACAUAUACCACGAUCUUUACUAUAUACACCACUGAUUUUACUUGGCUUCUUCGAUCAGUAUUCGAAAAGAAUGGAGAAGUUCGAUCUUCCCCAGAACCAGCUCUAUCUGUGUUCGAAAGACGACAAGUUAGUGGCAUUUAAGUACAUCAGAGAGUUUGUGUUAUCACAGGUUGAUAGCGGAAAGUCAGUCGUGUUGAAGGCGUGGGAAGAUGGUGUACAUUGUGCUCAUUUUAAGACACAUCAAGGAGAAUAUUUCAAAUUGUGCGGAGAGUUUGUCAAGAGAUCUUUGGCGGAUAAUCUAUAUGACUGCCAUUUGAAGGCCAAAUUAUAA